CAUGUCAUGUGACUCGGUACCAGCUGCUACCUCGAGCUGAAGACAGACAAGAGCAAGGCUGAGCAGGAUGGCUGUGGCUCCCCCCAGUUCCAGUUUUGUUGCUUUUCCACCUGCAGCAGAAGCUGGCCGUGUUAUCUUUGGGAAAAACUCCACACGUCCGAGAGAUGAAGUCCAGGAGGUCGUGUACUUUCCAUGUGCUGAGUAUGAGCCUGGAGCUCAGGUUGAGUGUACUUAUAUUACCAUUAAUCAAGCUCCAAGGACUCACGCUGUUGUGCUAAGCAGACCUGCUUGGUUAUGGGGGGCUGAAAUGGGAGCCAAUGAGCAUGGUGUCUGCAUUGCUAAUGCGGCUGUUGUUGCCAGGGAGCCUGGUGCCAGGACAGAAGCCUUGCUUGGGAUGGAUCUUGUCAGACUUGGAGUAGAAAGAGGAUCAACAGCCAAAACGGCCUUAGACACCAUAGUGUCCCUUCUGGAAGAGCACGGUCAAGGUGGAAACUAUUCAGAGGAUAGGAACACCUAUCAUGCCUUCCAUAGUGCUUUUCUGAUUGCUGACAGAGAGGAAGGCUGGGUGCUGGAGACUGUUGGGAAAUUCUGGGCUGCAGAGAGAAUCACGGAAGGAUUUAAAUGCCUUUGCCGGCACUUGUCUAUAACUACAAACAUUGAUGCAGAGCAUCCUGAGCUUAGAAGUUAUGCACAGGAACAUGGGUGGUGGAGUGAGGGACACAAGUUCAAUUUCUCUGAAGUUUUCUCAUUACCAGACGAGGAAAGUAGCUUCUGUUCUGGCAAGGAAUUCUUUGGAAAUCAAGAGGGAGACCUGACGGUGCAGACAGUGAUUGAUGCCCUUCGAGACAAGGAGACUGGUGUGUGUGUGGACUCUGAGUCUCUCCUCACCACAUCCAGCAUGGUGUCAGUCUUGCCUCAGAGCACUGUCUCCCCGUGUGUUCACUUCUUCACUGCCACGCCUGACCCAGCAAGGUCCAUAUUCAAGCCCUUUAUCUUUGUUGACAAUGUGAAGCUAGUGCCUCAAGCACAAUCCCCUUGCUUUGGGGAGGAGGACCCAGUAAAGAUACAGCCUCGCUUUGAAAGCAAAGUUGACCGCAGACAUGAGCUAUACAAAGCCCAUGAGUGGGCUCUGACAGUAAUUGAUAGUGAAGAGGAACCAGGUCAGAAGCUCAAAGAGACCAUGCUAGAUCUGGAAAAGCAAGGCCUGAAGGCCAUGGAAGACAUGCUGCUCAGCACAGAGCCUCUAGACCCUGCUGAGGUAGCUGACCUCUUCUAUGAUUGUGUUGACACAGAAAUCAAAUUCUACAAGCAAGGUGUGCCGUUUUAAUCACAACCAGUGAAUAACAAUCUGCAUAAAGCCACAGUCCAAUAGCCUUUAACAAAUAUUUAAUCUGUUUGAGCCCUGUUGGAUAUUCUUAACUGCCGGAUUUUGAAACUUGGACUGAAGUUUCUUUUGGCUAUCAGCUGCAGUGGUUGCUUUUGCAUCACACUUCAUUGUGACUGUUCUGUGUAGUGUUAGGAGAAAAGAAACCGGACAGAUUGACAAGUGUGUGCAUGCAGGUUGACAUAGGAUGUGUUUGUGGUUGCAACAGUUAUUCAGUUUACAAUUAUAACAAAACUGAAAUGCUAUAUUAGCCUAUAUGUGUGUAAAGCUUAAACAUUUUGGUUUACAAAAAAAAAAAAAAAGUUAUGAAUGCAUGCAAAAAAUGGAAAAUCAGUUUGCCGAAAUGCUUUAAAAGUAAAAGCAUAACAUGCUUUCCUACAGUAAUUCAUUUUUAUGCAUUUUGUGUAUUAUUUAUUGAAGCCAAAUAAAGAAGGAAAAGCCACAUCAAAAUUGAAUAUGUGCUUAGCUUACUCAUGAGAACACUGUGUAUGCAAAUUUCAUUUAUUGCACGGUAACUUUAAUUAUAACAUUUAUAAUGACUGCCUUAAAGCAUUGGAUUACUAUAAUGACAUCAAAUAUUUAACAUUUUUCUUUCGUGGCUUCAGUUAAAAGUAAACUGGGCACUUUCUAGUUUAUCAGAAAGUGUUAAAUCUGGAAUGGCAUUUUAAGGUCAGCAGUGUUCGUGCUAUUAGUUGCUGUAUUAGAGACACAGCCACCAUGGUCCAUCGCUCACGCUGAUAUGGAAAUGCAUUUGUUUGACACAGGAACUGUGUUUCCAUUUAUACCAGUCAUUGCCCGAGAGUCAUUAGUGGAAGUAGUGUUUUAACAGCUCAAAUGAUCACAACUAUGAGAUCUAAAGAGUCUGUGCGAUUACAAUUAGCAGUUUUGAUAGAUAUUACCUCUUACAUUUUUGUUCUUAAUUUUAUGUUGUUGUUAAAUUAUGAUGUUCAUAGUGUAGUUUUAGAAUGGCCUUACACUUAAUGUGUGCAAACCUGUUGUGUAUGUCAUCUGUAUUCCUUAAAGAUGUUUUAAAAAAUAAUAAAUUCUUAAUAGUCUCAGA